AUGUCGAAUGCCAAUAAUCUACACUGUACUUCUCCAGAAAAUGCUGAAGCAGCGAAAGAAACAAGAAUCAAACAACAUUGUUUGUUGUGCUUUUUAUAUUAUUUGUCUGUGUUAUGUGUCGUGUAUCUGGCUGCGAUGAAUCCAUAUCUUCUCCUGUAUAUCACGACUUACAUCAAAUUUCGUUUGUUAGAUAUUCAUGAUUUAUUUAAAAAUAUGGGUGCAUGGAGUAGAUACAGUGAUUACGAAUUAAUACAUAACAGUUUAUUUCAAAAAAUGAUUUCUGAAAAAAUGAAGAAGUGUAUUGAACGUCACCGUCUUUUUCAAAGUUUAGUAAAAGAAGUAAAUGAUCUUAUAUACAUACCACUUCUAAUUUCAAUGGCUUUAGCAAUACUUGCGAUAGUCAGUAUUUUAUUUAGCAUUAUUGUAAAGCGCCAGGAAACUUUUUACUGUAGAGUUUUCUCAACAUUAUUUCUUGCAGUUAUAACAUUAUCCUUUGUUAUAGUUUCAGGACAGUUUGUUGAAAAUGAGGCUGAAAAACUUGUAGAAAGAGCCACACGUUGUCGAUGGACUUGUUGGAAUUAUGAAAAUAGACGAACAUUAUUAAUUUUUCUUAUCAAUGCCCAAAGACCUUCUAAGAUUGGAAAUGUUUUCAUUAGAUGCGAAUAUCCUUUUCUUCUUACAGCUGGUCGAUUUGUUUGUUCACUUUGUGCUUUUUUUUUUCAACUAGCCAAGUUAAGAGAAGAUGAAAUUUUGAAAAAUUAA